UCUCUGGUCAAUAAGAACAUCAUGGAUAUGCUUAGUCUCGUUUAUUCCGGUGCGACGCAUGUUGUACUAAUUGCCAGCACCAUCAUGUGGGCAGGGAUUCAGCGAAAAAUCAUUCUGCAUUUAAAAGCGGCAUUGGCUAGAAUGUGCCAGAAAUUUCACCCUCAAAAAUACGAACCUUCGAACCGCAGUUUAACAGAGGUUGAUCAAAGUGAGAUCAGCGAAGGAGCCUUAUAUCUCUCCUUCUACUGGUUGCUGCACUUGAGCAUGUAUUUCUCUUUUGUCAAAAGUGAUUCAUCUAUUGGGUCACAAUCCAUACAAGCGAUGAUUAUCAGCCUGGUUCCGCUUGUUAUCCCCUAUAAGCUCUAUCUCAAAUGGCCUGUUAUAUCAAGGGGAUUUCUCAUGUGCUGGGCCCAGAUCUGGCUUCAAGGCAUACAUAUGUGGCUGAUAGGUAUGGUGUCCCCUCUCGUCUGCGUAAUAGAUUUUGAGCUAACAUGUAAACUCCCCCCCAAGUCGCUAUCGUUGGUACUUUUAGUAUUUUAUGCUACUUCACAUAUAUGA